AUGUCAGAAGGUGCAGAAAUUGAUGAGCGAGUGGACCUUGAUGAGGAAAAUUAUAUGGAAGAGAUGGAUGAUGAUGUUGAAGAACAAAUAGAUGAUGAUGGAGUGGAUGGAGGUGAAGAUGAAAAUGCUGAAGGUAGUGUUGAGGAACAUGAAUAUGAGGACCCAACGGCAGAGGUUGGCGGGAAGGACCAAUUACCUGAAGCAGAAAAAAGUGACAUUGCCACUGAAUUUGGUGAUGAUGAUCAAAAACCGUCUUUCAUUGAUGAAGUUGAGAAAGAGAAGCAUGAUGAACUUCUUGCCCUUCCACCUCAUGGCUCUGAAGUCUUUAUUGGUGGACUUCCUCGAGAUGUAUGUGAAGAUGAUUUAAGGGAAUUGUGUGAGCCAAUGGGUGAUAUUCUUGAGGUGCGACUAAUGAAAGACAGGGACACCGGAGAAAACAAGGGUUAUGCCUUUGUUGCUUUUAAAACAAAAGAGGUAGCACAAAAGGCCAUUGAGGAGAUACAUAGCAGGGAAUUUAAGGGAAAAACUUUGAGGUGUUCACUAUCUGAAACCAAACACAGAUUAUUCAUUGGCAAUGUUCCAAAAACAUGGACGGAAGAUGACUUUAGGAAAGUCAUUGAAGGAGUUGGUCCUGGAGUUGAAAACAUUGAACUCAUAAAGGACCCUCAAAAUCUAAGUAGGAACCGUGGGUUUGCUUUUGUUUUGUAUUACAAUAAUGCAUGUGCUGAUUAUUCACGGCAAAAGAUGUCAAGUGGAAGUUUUAAGCUAGAUGGCAAUACCCCAACUGUUACAUGGGCAGAUCCUAAGAACUCUCCUGAUCACUCUGCUUCUUCGCAGGUUAAAGCUCUAUAUGUCAAAAACAUCCCAGAGAAUGUUACCACUGAUCAACUGAAGGAACUAUUCCGUCGUCAUGGAGAAGUAACUAAAGUGGUGAUGCCACCUGGCAAAGCUGGAGGGAAACGCGAUUUUGGUUUCAUUCAUUAUGCAGAGAGGUCAAGUGCAUUGAAAGCUGUAAAAGAUACGGAGAAAUAUGAAAUUGAUGGCCAACUGCUUGAAGUUGUUCUUGCCAAGCCUCAAGCUGAUAAAAAACCGGAUGGUGGGUAUGGCUACAAUCCUGGACUCCAUCCAAACCAUCUUCCUCAUCCUGCAUAUGGUAACUUUUCUGGAAAUCCUUAUAGCUCCUUAGGGGCAGGAUAUGGUGUUGGAGGUGGUUAUCAACAGCCAAUGAUAUAUGGUAGGGGUCCAAUGCCGGCAGGAAUGCAAAUGGUUCCAAUGGUGUUACCUGACGGUCGAAUUGGCUAUGUCCUACAACAACCUGGUGUACAAGCGCCCCCUAACAGACCUCGCAGAGUUGAUAGGAGCAAUGGUCCAAGUGGGCAACCUGGGCGAGGAGGAGGAGGAGGAGGUGGUGGCAAUGAUGAAGGCAAUCGUAGUAGAAGGGACUUGUAA